AUGGCCACAACUGCCACACACACGGCAAAGGACAUGAUCGCCGCCCUCAACCUAGCCCCCCAUCCAGAAAAGGGCUACUACAUCGAGACCUUCCGCGACGCAUCGCCCGACGGCCGUCCGGCUAGCACCUGCAUCUACUACCUGCUCGAGGGCGCCUCUGGCCUGUCACGUUGGCACCGCGUGCUCGAUGCCGUCGAAGUCUGGCACUACUACGCCGGCGCGCCGCUGCAGCUCUCGCUGUCCUGGGACGACGGCAAGCCGGUCCGCCACGUAGUUCUGGGCCCAGACAUCGAGACGGGCCAACGGCCACAGAUUGUCGUGGCGCGUGGCGAGUGGCAGCACGCACAGUCGCUGGGCGACUGGACGCUGGUCGGGUGCACUGUCGCACCGGGCUUUGAGUUUACGAGCUUUGAGAUGGCGACGCCGGGCUGGGAGCCCAAGGACGCGGCCUAG